AUGGAUUUCCUCUUCCAGGAGGGCGACUGGCCUUUGCCGGAGUUCGACCCGAGCCAGAUCCGACUGAUCGUGUAUCAGGACUGUGAAAGGAGAGGGCGCAACGUCUUGUUCGACUCCAGUGCUAAAAGAAAAAUAGAGGAUGUUUCGGUGUCGAAACUCUGCAGUGAUGCUCAGGUGAGAGUUUUCGGGAAGUGUUGCCAGCUGAAGCCCGGAGGAGAUAGCUCUUCUUCCCUGGAUAGCUCAAUCAACUCGUCAUCCUCCUUCUCUGAUGCAAAAGAGCAAUGUCCAAAAUACCAGGGYUCUCGGUGCUCCUCUGAUGCUAAUAUGCUUGGAGAGAUGAUGUUUGGCUCUGUGGCCAUGAGUUACAAGGGCUCCACGUUGAAAAUUCACCAGAUUCGCUCACCUCCUCAGCUCAUGCUCAGCAAGGUUUUCACCGCUCGCACUGGAAGUAGCAUCUAUGGCAGUCUGAACACGCUGCAAGAUAGUCUUGAGUUCAUUAAUCAAGACAGCAAUACAUUAAAGCCUGACCACAGUACAAUUAUGAAUGGACUUCUUGGAAAUAUAGGUCUUUCGCAGCUUUGCAGCCCCAGGCGGGCGUUCUCUGAGCAAGGUCCGCUCCGCCUCAUCCGGAGCGCCUCUUUCUUUGCAGUUCACAGCAACCCUAUGGACAUGCCUGGGAGGGAGCAGAGCGAGGACAGAGACAGCGGUAUAGCGAGAUCUGCGUCUCUUAGCAGCCUGCUCAUCACGCCCUUUCCGUCUCCGGGCUCCUCGUUCAACAAAAGCUGUGCGAGCAGCUACCAGCGGCGCUGGCGGCGCAGCCAGACCACCAGCCUGGAGAACGGCGUCUUCCCGCGAUGGUCCAUGGAUGAAAGCUUCAAUUUGUCAGAUGACAGCUCUGGUCCUAGCCCAGGAAUUGUUAGGAAAAAAAAGAUAGCAAUUGGAGUCAUUUUUUCACUCUCAAGAGAUGAAGAUGAAAAUAACAAAUUUAAUGAGUUCUUCUUCUCGCACUUCCCUCUUUUUGAGAGUCACAUGAACAAACUGAAGAGUGCAAUAGAACAGGCUAUGAAAAUGAGUCGCAGAUCAGCUGAUGCCAGUCAGCGGAGCUUGGCAUAUAACAGGAUUGUUGAUGCCCUGAAUGAAUUCAGAACAACUAUUUGCAACCUGUACACGAUGCCACGGAUUGGGGAGCCCGUCUGGCUCACCAUGAUGUCCGGGACACCGGAGAAGAACCAGCUUUGCCAUCGCUUCAUGAAGGAGUUCACUUUCCUGAUGGAAAACGCUGCAAAAAACCAGUUUCUACCAGCUUUGCUGACUGCGGUCCUGACUAACCACCUGGCCUGGGUCCCUACGGUGAUGCCCAACGGGCAGCCGCCCAUCCGGAUCUUCCUGGAGAAGCAUUCUUCCCAGAGCGUGGACAUGCUGGCCAAGACGCACCCCUACAACCCGCUGUGGGCGCAGCUGGGUGACUUGUAUGGGGCUAUUGGAUCCCCUGUGAGACUCGCAAAAACAGUUGUGGUUGGCAAAAGGCACGACCUGGUACAGAGGCUGCUCUAUUUCCUCACUUACUUCAUCAGGUGCUCGGAGCUCCAAGAGACCCACCUGCUGGAGAACGGGGAGGAUGAAGCCAUUGUCAUGCCRGGGACUGUGAUAACGACCACGCUGGAGAAGGGAGAAGUAGAGGAAUCCGAGUACGUGCUCGUCACGAUGCACAAGAACAGGGGCAACUUGCUACCAAGCGAGGCUGAAGAAACGCGAACUCCCAACUGCAGCUGUAAAUACUGCAAAUGCCCAAUUGCCCUCGCCCAGAGYGCAGAGGGUGUCUCCCAGCCAGAGAGAGAAGAUGCCCAGAGCACUCCCAAGGUGGAGCUGGAAGUGUCUUCGGAUGAGAGCAGAACUGUUGGCUCCACUGAUGGCCAGGAGGAUACUCUUGAUGUUCAGCAAGCGAGAACGUGCCUGGAAGCUAAACUGGAGAGCGUGGUGUGCACGGGGGCAGCUUCGCCGGAGCAGCGCGUGCUGCCCGAACGUGCUUUGGAGCCAACAGCGCCCGCGUGGMGGGGCGAGGACUCGCUGGAAGGCAGCGGGCCGGCCGCCAGCGCGGCGCGCGCGCCGGGCAUCGCCGUGGAAAAGAAGCCCCCGGACAAGCCCUUCUGCGCCGCCUUUCCCAGCGACGUCGCCGCCGCCCAGACCAAGGUGACUUUCCUCAUCGGGGACUCCAUGUCGCCCGACUCGGACAUCGAGCUGCGGAGCCAGGCGGUGGCGGAGCAGAUCGCGCGGCACCACGGGCAGCCGGCGCCGCCGGAGGCAGCGCCUGCCCCGCAGGGCUGUGCAGCUGAGCGCGCUGCUGAGGACCAAAGCAGAGACUGCGGCACAGCUCAGCCCUUUCCUCAAGCUGCUAGYGAGCACCCGAGCUGGAAUCCAAAUCCAUACAGUGCUGAGAGCAUGAGUCUGUUUGAUGAAUAUUUCACCGAUGACAGUUCAAUUGAAACCCGGACUAUUGAUGAUAUCCCAGGGCAGGCAGCUCCAGACCUGCUCGCUCACAGCAAUAGCUUAGACUUUUCUAAAAAGCUGUGCACAAAGGCUUGCAAACCACCCAGCGAAUUUUGUAAGUUUAUGGACUCCGUUCGGCAGGAGACCUACAAAAACUGCUUUGCUGAGCAGGACCAAAGAGACAAAAUCUCUAUUCGUGUCCCCCAUGGGGAYAGAGAAAACGUGGAGAAAAAGGUCGCCCCGGGAAUUGAUUGGGACAUUCCGAGAAACGAGAGCUCCGAUAGCGCCCUGGGGGACAGCGAAAGCGAGGACACAGGGCACGAUCUAACGAGAGCGGGCGGUAACUACUACGGAGGAGAGCAGGAGGACUGGGCAGAAGAGUACGAGAUUCCUUUCCCCGGGUCAAAAUUAGUUGAAAUGAACUCUGUCCAGCCCAGUAUUGCCAAUUUUGGAAGAUCCUUGCUAGGCGGCUACUGCUCAUCUUACGUCCCCGACUUUGUUUUGCAAGGAAUAGGAAGUGAUGAAAAGCUGAGACACUGUUUGGUGUCAGAUUUGUCGCACGCUGUGCAGCACCCCGUUCUGGAUGAACCCAUCGCCGAGGCCGUCUGCAUUAUUGCAGACACGGAUAAGUGGACUGUGCAAGUGGCCAGUAGCCAGCGGCGGAUGAUCGAGAACAAGCUGGGCAAGGAGGUGCUGGUCUCCAGCCUCGUCUCCAACCUGCUUCAUUCCACUCUUCAGCUUUACAAGCAUAAUUUAUCUCCGAACUUCUGCGUGAUGCACCUGGAGGACCGGCUGCAGGAGCUGUAUUUCAAGAGCAAGAUGCUGUCCGAGUACCUCAAGGGCCAGAUGCGGGUGCACGUCAAGGAGCUGGGCGUGGUGCUGGGGAUCGAGUCGAGCGACCUGCCCUUGCUGGCGGCCGUGGCGAGCACCCACUCCCCCUACGUCGCCCAGAUCCUGCUUUAAGAAGCCGGAGGGCGCAGCCGCGGGCGCCCGGGAUUGCCCUGGAAGCAGAAGGGAAGGCGGCUCGUCCUGGCUCCGCUCCCUCGGAAGCGGCUCGCGCCGYCGCAGCCUCUCCAUAUAUGACUGCACGUCUGGAGGCCUCUCCUCUCCCUCGUGGCCGUUCAGGAGAAAGGAAAACAGGAGAARUGGAUGAGCCUGAGAUUGCAAGCACACGAAAUCCACGAUUUUAGCAAAAGCUGAAGACCUGCGUUUUUUUU